AUGAAUAUUUCAUCAAUUACCAUACUUUCUCUAUCAGGUUUAAAUGACACAAGUCCAAAAUGCAGAUCAGCUCUUUUUUUUCUCAGUUUCACAUGUUACUGCAUAACUGUCUUGGUAAAUGUUUCUCUUAUUCUGAUAAUCAUAUUUGAUAAUGCAUUUCAUGAACCAAUGUAUAUUCUACUAUGUGCCUUUUGCAUUAAUGCACUUUAUGGAACAGCAGGUUUCUAUCCGAAACUUCUUUGGGAUCUGCUCUCUCCUGUUCAUGUUAUCUCUUAUUCAGGAUGUCUUUUGCAGGCUCAUAUGUUGUACUCCUUUGGCUGCAGUGAUAUGUCAAUUCUUGCCCUAAUGGCAUAUGAUCGGUAUUUGGCUAUAUGUCGUCCUUUGGAAUACCACUCUGUCAUGUCAGUACAAAGGGUCAUUAAGAUGGCAUGUUCUUUUUGGUUAACAUCAUCUUUUAUCAUUGCAGUUAACAUUUUUCUUACAUCGAGAUUGAAGCUAUGCAGUCGAUAUAUAAACAGACUGUUCUGUGUAAACUGGAGCAUUGUGUCACUGGCCUGUCAACUUAAUGAAACGUCUAUUAAUGAAAUUGUUGCAAAUAUUACAAUAGUAAUUUAUGUAUUUCAUGGUUUCUUCAUUGUAUGGUCUUACAUGUAUAUCAUCAAAAGAUGUGCCAAUUCUAUAGAAAACAGGGCAAAGUUUGUGCAAACCUGUGUUCCACAUUUAAUCUCUCUGUCUACAUUUAUUGUGACUAUAAUGAUUGAUGUUACUUAUAAUCGACUUAGCUCCAAAGAUUUACCACAGACUCUGCAAAAUUUUAUUGCAAUGGAAUUUCUUAUCAUUCCUCCCCUAAUGAAUCCACUCAUUUAUGGCUUCAAGUUAAAUAAAGUUAGAAGCAGAAUUAUUGAUAUUUAUACUUUUAAAUGUAAAUCAAUGUAA